AUGCAGAAGCAGCCCUCGUCCGCGUCUCGCCAGCAAGGUAGCCUCGUCCUCCUCAUCCUCAACUUCAACCAACACGUCCAUGUAGGCAACCGUAACGUGCUUCAGGGCAAGAAUGGCCGCAUGAACGCGACCAAGUCGAACGCUGCCAAGCUCACGGCGCCGCCACCGACCAACACGCCCAGCCGCCGGUCGGAGACCCCGGCGCCAGCGGCCGUUGCGCCUGCCCGUAUGGGCUGGACCGAGCCGCGCGCCGGUAGCCCUCGCGUGCUUGUGGCGUCGCCAACGGCGAUCAAGUCGACGUUGCACGCGGACGCGGCGCCAUGGAUCGGCAAGUCGUCGCCGUCGCACGCCGCGCACCACCACCCGACGGGCCGGUGGGGCGAUGACGCGCUCGAGCACGACAUGAACCCGUAUGGUCCAUACUCGUCGAUUGCGCCGACCGUGUGGUCGGCGCCCGCCCAGUGGAACGGGCAAAUGUAUGCCCAGACGCAGCUGUACCAGCAGCCAUGGCAGCAGCCCGAUGGACGAGCGCUUUUCCCGGCGCCGACAUCAGCGUGGGAAGCGCCGUCGGUGCGCAUCCUCAAGCGUGACGAGCAGCAAGCCAAGUCGCCCCGGGUGACCCCGGCGCAAAUCCAAGCCAUCUUGUCGCCGCGUAGCGGUAACUUGAAGUCGGACUCACCUCGCGCCAGCACGACGCCCAAGCAUGUGGCAUUUGAUGGCCACGCGGCGCGCACCAGCAGCCCGUCGAACCACUCGCGCCCGUCGACGCCGCGCCAGCGCCGCCAGUCCAACCCUGCACCUGCGCCGCUGCCGAUGACCAAGGCGCAAAAGAAAGAAGCCGAUGAAAUCUUGAACGUCCUCAGCGGCGACGAGGGCGACAGCAGCAACUCGCGCCGCCGCCCCGCCAAGCUCCAGCUGCCAAAGUCGCCCCGUAGCCAGCAGGUGCCCAAGCAGCAAAAGCUCUCCAAGACCCAGCGCAAGGAGCAAGACGAGAUUCUGGCCAUCUUCAGCGACGGCGACGAGCUGCCCCGCGACCGCAAAAGCUGCUGCCAAGGUGUCGCCCCGCCAAACCGCCAAACACCGUCCAAGAAGGCGUCACUCUCCAAGGCCCAGAAACGCGAGCAGGACGAAAUCUUGGCCAUCUUCAGCGACGGCGAUGAGCUUCCUCGGGACCGCAAGGCCAAGACUGCGCGCAAGCAGCAGGCGGGCCAGGGCAAGCACAUGGUGCUCUCGCCCCGCGGCUGGGUUGCCUCGCCUCGCGGCGGCCAGACCGCCAAGCAGUCGAUUACUUCGCCCCGUAAUGCGUCGCCCUCGAAGAAGCAGCAGAAGCUCACGAAGGCCCAGAAGCAGGAACAGGAAGAGAUCUUCGCCAUCUUCAGCGACGGCGACGAGCUUCCGCGUGACCGCCGCAAGAAAGCGACGUCUCGCAAGCAACUGUCGCAAGCGCAUGGCAAGCAGGUUGCGACUGUGGCGCGUGGUGGCACUGCGACUCCCAAGAAGCUGCUGAAGCUGUCCAAGGCUCAACUGCAGGAGCAGUCGGAGAUCCUUGCCAUCUUUAGCGAUGGUGACGAGCUCCCGCGCGACCGUAAGGCCAAGAAGUCUCUGAAGAAGCAGACCGGUCCCUCUCCGCGCAACUUGCAAGCCAAUAAACACGCGUCUGUGGCGUCGCCCCGCGGCAGCCAAUCUUCCAAGCAGUCGAUUGCUUCGCCUCGCAACGCCCCGAAGAAGCAGCAGAAGCUCUCGAAGGCGCAGCAACAAGAGCAAGCUGAGAUCCUAGCCAUCUUCAGCGAUGGCGAUGAGCUCCCGCGCGACCGCAAGGCCAAGAAGGCGGCGCCGCGCAAGCAACCUGCCAAGCAGAAGGUCGUCUCCCCUCGCCCGUCAUCGGCCACGGUGAAGAAGGCUGCCCUCUCUCCUCGCAAAUCGGCUACGCAGCAGAAGCUCUCAUUGGCUCAACAGAAAGGACAAUCUGAGAUGUUGGAAGAUCGGGAGCGGUGGCGAUGA